AUGGCGUUGGACCGCUUUCAGGAAGACGAGUUGAUCAAAGACCAUGCUAUCCAGGCAAUCGCCGCCAGCACGCUGAACAGAUCGGUGAGUAACCGGUUGUUUGCUGCCGAAGACGGAAGCGAUGAAGAAGAAGCGGCGGGAGCCCUUGGACCUGCGGAAAUCAAAGGUGCUUUCUUUGACACCGUCAACGUCCACGUCCGACAACCGGAGGAUUACAAGCGAGUUCUUGUCUAUGGCGGCGAGGACGAAUUCGUCGACGAAGACAUGAGGACGUCCUGCGGCCAGCUCAAGACUGCUCUGAACCUGCGCGACAAGUGGUCCACGCUUGGACCUGCCCGGCCUUGUGAAGGAGCGCGCUGUAUGCCACCCCCUCCUUCAGCCUCGUCGCCAGCCCCGUCUCCUGGCAAACCGGUGGAAUUUCGUAGGAGACCUGAGCCCGAAUAUGACCCGUUCGCGCACGACGACGUACCCAUGACCCAUCAUCGUCUGGAAGUGGUCGAGGGAAUUUACUACGCCCUGGUAGAAGGGGAGACGCUUGACACUCCCGGGGUGCGGCUGCCGUCGGUCAAAGAGUUUUUCACAGACCUUAAGGAAUUGAAUGGCAUCAUCCACUCAGGCCCGGUGAAAUCUCUCUGCUUCAAGCGCCUGCAGCUGUUGGAAGCGAGGUUCAAUCUCCAUGUCCUACUGAACCAGGAAGCAGAACUGGCUGCUCAAAAGAGCGUACCACACCGGGACUUCUACAACGUCCGGAAGGUGGACACACAUGUGCACCAUUCGGCCUGCAUGAACCAGAAGCACCUGCUGCGCUUCAUUAAACACAAGCUCAAGCGAUGCCCUAACGAGGUCGUCAGCUACCGGGAUGGGCGCUUCAUGACCCUUCAAGAAGUCUUCAAGUCUCUUCGUCUCAACGCGUACGACCUCAGCGUGGAUACGCUCGACAUGCACGCCAACAACACGUUCCACAGGUUCGACCGUUUCAACCUCAAGUACAACCCAGCGGGACAGAGCCGCUUAAGAGAGAUAUUCCUCAAAACGGAUAACCUGAUUGCCGGUCAGUAUCUCGCGCAGGUCACCCGCGAAGUGAUCGCAGAUCUGGCGAGCAGCAAGUACCAGUGUUCCGAGUGGAGGCUGAGCAUCUACGGCCGGCGGCUAUCAGAGUGGGACAAGCUGGCACGCUGGUUCUUCACCAACCGACUUGCGCACCCGAACGUUCGAUGGUUGAUUCAAAUCCCUCGGCUGUACCACAUCUACAAGAAAAUUGGCGAGGUGCACGUCUUUUCCGACAUGAUCAACAACAUCUUCGCACCGCUCUUUGAGGUGUCUGUUAAUCCAGACGCGAACCUCGCCCUGCACGCCUUCCUCAAGACAGUGGUUGGAUUCGACUCCGUCGACGACGAGAGCAAGCGAGAGACGGUCCAGCUGGACCAUGACAGAUAUCUCCCGUCCCCGGAAGAGUGGGGCAUCCCGGACAACCCUCCGUACGCGUACUGGAGCUACUACGUGGCUCAGAACAUCACGAGCCUCAAUCGUCUUAGAAAGUCUAAGGGAUUAAACACCUUCGAAUAUCGCCCGCACUGUGGCGAGGCAGGCGAUGUCGAGCAUCUGGCGGCGUGCUUCCUACUUGCAGACCAGAUCAACCACGGUCUCUUGCUGCGGAAGGUCCCAGGCCUCCAGUACCUGUACUACCUGAGAAGCAUUGGGAUUGCGAUGUCUCCGCUGUCGAACAACAAGCUGUUCUUGGACUACGCCAAAAACCCGUUUCCAAGAUAUUUCGCGCAAGGCCUCAACGUGUCGCUCUCCACAGAUGACCCAUUAAUGCUUCACUACACGAAAGAUCCGCUGCUCGAAGAGUACAGCGUCGCGGCGCAAGUUUGGAAGCUGUCAUCUGUGGAUCACUGUGAGAUCGCGCGCAACAGCGUGCUGCAGAGUGGGUACGAACAUCGCUUCAAGCAGCACUUCCUUGGAGCCGGUUACGACAAGGGAGCUGACGGAAAUGACAUCAGUAUGACCAACGUGCCAGAUAUCCGACUGAGGUACAGGCACGAAACGCUUUCAUCUGAGCUGCAAUUCGUCGAGAUGGGAGGGGACGUUCGGCUUUCUCUUGAGGAGCGUGCGGUCGCCACAGCCUACGGGACGAAGCCGAAGUAGCUCGACUCUUUUUUCUAGCCGCUUCUUUCGGCCCGCACACAGCCGCAAAGUGUAUGUACACAUAGGUUGUACCCCAAGUGGGCAAAGAGAUUGGAUGUUUUGCCAGGCUGGCUGGGAUGCCCUCCGGCCCCUGAUCCUUCGGGACCAAGCAUAUACCAUGGUACAGUAUGUUGUUAAAGGCGUUAACGCUCUCUAUCUUAUCUGCCGAAUGGCGGUGUUCCUAGCAUCUACCCAACGAUUUACGUUGUUUUUUCGCUGCACCAUGAGCUCCAAAUACCAGCCGAAGGGCUUCUUUCUUUGUCUAGGAAACAGUUCAGCAUUAGCUCUGUGUACCUUAAUGCGGCGGAGAAGAUAUUUACGUGCUGCUCUCCAAGCAAGUCUCGGCCCACUAUUUUUGGCAUUCAAAGUCAAAUUCCCGGACGAGCGCUACUCCUCCACCGCUUCACGAUCUCUGCGAUUCGCCUCUCGCUCGAUGCAAACACAUCACUGCCGUCUCUACCGUAUUCAACUCGUGCCAUAUCUUAAUACCCCCAGCACCCCGAAUGCGAUGAACAAUGCGGUCACCCCCAUCACCCGCCCCC